CAAGCUAAUACAUAAAAAAAAACAAGGAUUGAAAAAGAAAAUUGAAAAUUACAAAUUUUGUGAAUUGUUUAAAAAAUAUUGAUUUUUAAUAUUAAAGAGGCAUAUUUAUUGUCCUGGAAGAAGUGCACAAGAAGAAAUUAAAAAUAAACAAUUAUACUUUUAAGUGUACAUUUAGAUAGCGUUAUUGUAUACAAACAUAUUUCACGAAAAGAAGAAAAAAAAGGGAAUUGAAUCAUCAUUAAAAAAUUUUGAAGAUGUCAGACAAGAACUUAAAGGUGGGUCAACGUGUUGAAGUUACAGGUAAAGAAGUUCGUGGGAAAAUUGCGUAUAUUGGUGUUACUAGUUUUGCUCCUGGAAAAUGGAUUGGAUUAAUUUUAGAUGAACCAAAAGGAAAAAAUAAUGGAACUUUACGCGGAACAACAUAUUUUACUUGUCCUGAUAAUUAUGGUAUGUUUGUCAGAAUCAGCCAAUUAAGCCUUUUAGAUGAAUCUGAUAAUGUAAUUGAAGAAAAUACAGAAGAACGUCAGCCAAGAUCUAGGCUUAGCAGGAAUAUUUCGAAAUCGAUUAAAACAAAAUCGAGUUCUGGAUCAGUGCGUUCCCUACCUGGUAUAACAAAACCAACAGCUAUUAGAAGGAAAUCUCCAAUAAAAACUCUUCAGCCGAAAAACAAACUUAAUAAUCUUCCACCAUCAGCGUCAAGUUCUCGACUUUCGAUGUCGAGUAGUCGUCAAAGUCUUUUGGGAUCCAGAAGCCAACUAGCAUCUCCAUCAACAGAUAGACCAUCAUCAACAGCUACUGCAUCUGUCUCGGGAGCAGAUCCUGAAAGAAAGAAUAGCUUAAGUCCUCCGGAUUCUGUGACACCUCCAAAGAGAGCAUCAUUUGUAGAAGUUACUGGUUUUUUAGAAACUUUAAAACCUCAGUUUACUCCUGGCCAAGCUUUAAUGUCACCAUCACCAGCUCCACAGCCCUCAGUUGAAGAUAAAUUACAAAAUUUGCAGCAACAACAAGAGAUCGAAGAUCUUAAAAAGCAAAAUAUUGAUCUUAGUGAAAAGUUGGAAACAUUGAAAAUUCGUCGUAAUGAGGAUAAAGAACGUUUACGUGAAUAUGAAAAAAUGAAAACGCAAUUUGAACAAUUACAUGAAUUUAAAUCGAAAAUUAUCGAAGCUCAAAGUUCACUGCAAAGAGAAUUGCAAAGAGCCCGACAAGAAGCUAAGGAUGCAAUUGAAGCACGUGAAAGACAUCAAGAAGAAAUGGCAGAAUUAUCUGAAAAUGUUGAAAUGAUAACGUUGGACAAAGAAAUGGCAGAAGAAAAAGCUGACACUUUGCAGAUUGAAUUGGAACAGGCGAAGGAACGGAUUGAAGAACUUACUUUAGAUUUGGAAAUUCUUCAAACUGAAAUGUCAAAUAGAUGUGGAUCUGAUGUUGAUGGAGGAGUUAUUCGAACCGGUAAUGGUAAUGUGACCGGUGGUGUUUCUCAAUAUGAGUUUAAACAAUUAGAACAGCAAAAUGUUCGUUUGAGAGAAACCUUAGUACGUCUUAGAGAUGUAACUGCACAUGACAAACAUGAAAUUCAAAAAGUUUCCAAAGAACUGGAUACAAAAAAAUCAGAAGUUGCCGAAUUACAACGCACUAAAGAAAAAUUGUCGCAAAAAGUAGAUGAACUGGAAGCACAGGUGGUUGAUUUGCAGGAACAAGUUGACGCAGCUCUUGGUGCAGAGGAAAUGGUUGAGCAGCUUGCUGAAAAGAAAAUGGAAUUAGAAGACAAAGUGAAGUUAUUGGAAGAAGAGGUUAAAGAGUUGGAAGCUCUUGAAGAAGUUCAUGAACAGUUGAUCGAAAGUAAUCAUGAUUUAGAAAUGGAUUUACGUGAAGAAUUAGAUAUGGCGCUAGCUGCUAAAAGAGAAAUGUUGCGUGAAAAGGAAGCCGCUUUGGAGACAGUUGUAGAUCGUGAUCAAACUAUAUUGAAAUUCCGAGAAUUAGUACAAAAAUUAAAUGAUCAAAUUGUUGAAAUGCGUGAAAAAGUUACACAGAAUAAUGAAAACAACAAAUUAUCACCAACUAAAAAUUCCAUUGCAGAAACAAUUGAUUUUAAACAAAUGUUUGCUGAAUCAAAAGCAUUUACCCGUGCUAUUGACGUUCAGCUUAGACAAAUUGAUUUGUCGCAGGCGAAUGAACACAUUCGUAUGUUCACUGCUUAUAUGCCUGAUACAUUUAUGAAUAGAGGCAGUGAUCAUGAUGCUAUAUUGGUAAUUUUAUUAAUUUCAAGAAUAGUUUUUAAAUCUGGAAUUAUUGUAAGUCAGGCGCGUGAUAGAUUCCCUUCAGUAACAACUAUUGAUAAAAAUGUAAUUUUACAAGGUCAUUCUGUUCAACAAUUCGCCUUUAAAUCAAGAUUAUUAUAUCACAUACAUAACUUGCAAAGUGUGAUGCAUCAAUUUUUGUAUGGUUUAAAUACUUGUAAACCUGAAACUUUGUUAAAAGCAGGAGCUUCGUUGCCAGAACUUGUAGCACAAGAGAAAAUUGUGGAUGGUGUAAUUGAGUUGCUGAAGGUAAAUCAACUUGAUGAAAAUUCAUCUACUGAAAAUCUUGAAAAGUGUGUAAUGUUCUUUAAUGCUAUGAACACCGUAGUAUUUAACGAAGAAGUUUUGAUCAAUGAAGCACAAUUACUAAAAGAUACGAUUGCAUCUAUGGGAGCGUCUUGUGAUUCAAUAUAUACGGACGCAGCUGUUAUAAGGGCAAUGAUUGCGGGUGGUGAUGAUACCAGUGAAUCUGGGUUGUUAAUGCAGUAUAUUAUUCAAAACAUCGAUAAUAUCAAACAGCAAUUGAAAUUAAUUAAACGAAGGUUACCACAGGAUCCUCAUGUAACGAAAUGCGGAUUAGCUAGUAAAACUGUACAAAAUAUUCGUUUGUUAAAUGAUCAAAUAGGAAAGAUCGUUCAAGUUCUUCAUUUAACUGCUAAAAGUAUUUUACAUAAUGUUACAGUAGAAAAUGAAAGUGAUCCAUCAAUUUCUCAUCAAAAACUUUGGGAAGUCCUGGCAACGAGUUGUGAACAGGUGUACGAGCAAGAUGAUCGCGGUCCAUCUCAAAACAUUAAAAACACUUUAUCAGCAGCUGGAUUAGAUUUAACACAAGUAGCACAAUAUUUACUGGAUAAUGAAUACGAAAUUAUGUCUAUUGUAAAUGCAAAGGAAGAAAAACCAAUAGCUCCAAUAGUUUUAAGGGCCCAAUUUGUUAAGAAACAAUUAGAAGAAACUAAAACAUUAACAGCAACACUGGAAAAUCGUGAUGCUGAAAUAAAGCAAUUGAAAAUGGCAGCAAAAAUGAAACAAAAUGAACUAUCAGAAAUGCAAAUCCGCAAAGAUAUUGCUGAAAAGAAACUAUCUGUAUUGCAACAUGAUCUUGAAUCUAGUACACAAAAAUUACAAAAACAAUACGAGGAAACUGUAGCACUUCUAAGAAAGAAAGAAAGAGAUUACGAGGAGACAAUGGAUCAUUUACAAAAAGAUAUCGAUUCGUUAGAAGACGAGCGUGGUGCCCUUCGUGACAAACUCAAAGGUUUAACUUCAAAGAAAGGUGGAGAUUUGAAAAAUUCAAUGGCAUUCGAUAUUUCUGCAAGUUCUCCACAUGUUGCACAAGAAAUUGCAUUACUUAAAAGGGUUCUUCUUGAAGAACGAAAUGAAAGACUGAAAUUACAGGCUGAAGUGAUGAAGAAAAAAUUGCAAAAACUGGAACCAAUUUAUGUGCCUCAACCAAAAGACAAAAGAUUAACAGAAUUAGAAAAUGAAUUAGCAAAAGUUAAAUAUGAUUGGGUAAUGUCUAUGAUGAAAAUGUCAGAGUUCCCAGAAGCCAAUACCAGUCGACCAAAUGUACCGAAAUUAAUUCAGAAUCAUAGAUAUAAGCAGAAAUAUGAACAGGAGGAUAUUAAGGCUAAAGCGAGUGAAUUGGCAGCCGCUGUUAUGAAAGAAUACUUAGAACGUAAACCAUAUAGAGCAGCAAAUGGCGAUUUUGCAUCCUUUCCAAAUAUCGAACUUACAAAAGCAUUAAAAUCCAUGGUAAAAUAGGUCGAUAGUAUUAAAAAUGAAUUUUGAAAAUACAUACUUAUAUACUGGAAAUUUUUAAAAUAAGAAUUUGUAAUUAUUUAUGCAAUAUUUAUUUAUAUUUGAAGAACAAAGUAAUGAUUUAUUUUGAUUUUUUCCCUAAUUGUGAAUCUUUGAAAUUCAUAUUAUUAACAAGCUUAUUAAUUAAUAUUAUUUCGAUAUUAUUUCAUGAAGCUUUGAAAUUGAAAUAAAUAUGUAUUUCUACUUUCGUGAUAUUUUUAAUGAAUUUUUUAUAAAAUUGUUUAAAAAUUUUGCAAAAUAAAUAAUUGUUUUAAGUAAGAAUUGUUACUGCAAAAGAGAAAUAUA